CGCAUUUGAUUUCCUCUCUUCAUUAAAUUACCCUCUGCAGAUCUUGUUCCCUCAUAAUUCCGGCCAUGUCCGCCACCGCCAAGCUGCUUGUCGCCGAUCUCGCUUCCACCGUCCACCAACUCCCUUCCCGCUUCGUCCGCCUCAUCGACGACCGUCCAAACUUCUCCCAUGUCCGAGCUCCGACCGGCUACUCUUUCCCUGUCAUUGACCUCCACAACCUCCACGGCCCCUCUCGUGCUGAUGUCGUCGCCCAAAUUGGCCAAGCCUGUGAGCGCGACGGUUUCUUUCUGGUGAAGAACCAUGGGGUGCCGGAGGAGAUGAUGAAUGGGAUGCUGAGAUUGGCUAGGGAGUUUUUCCGGCUGCCGGAGUGUGAGAGACUUAAGAGCUAUUCCGAUGAUCCGACAAAGACGACGAGGCUUUCGACGAGUUUCAAUGUGAAGACGGAGAAGGUGGCAAAUUGGAGAGAUUUCUUGAGACUCCAUUGUUACCCUCUCGAGCUUUAUGUCAAUGAAUGGCCCGACAAUCCUCCAUCCUUCAGGAAGGAAGUGGCGGAGUAUUGUACAAGUGUGAGGGAAUUGACACUAAAGCUAUUAGAGGCCAUUUCUGAGAGCUUGGGGUUACCAAAAGACUCCAUAGCCAAUUCAAUAGGAGGCCAUGGCCAACACAUGGCCUUGAACUACUACCCGCCAUGUCCACAGCCAGAGCUCACCUUUGGCUUACCCGGCCACACCGACCCGAACCUCAUCACUCUCCUCCUCCAAGACCAAGUCCCCGGCCUCCAAGCCCUCCACGACAACACUUGGUUCGCUCUCGACCCCAUCCCUAACACCUUUAUAAUUAACGUCGGCGAUCAAAUGCAGGCGUUGAGUAAUGACAGAUACAAGAGCGUGCUUCAUCGGGCUGUUGUGAAUAGUGAAACGGAGCGAAUUUCGAUCCCGACAUUUUAUUGUCCAUCGCAGGACGCGAUGAUCGGGCCGUUUAAGGAGCUGGUCGACGACAAGAAUAGAGCGGUUUAUAGACAAUUUACUUAUUCAGAAUAUUACAAGACGUUUUGGAAUGAAGGACUUGCAACCAAAAGAUGCUUAGAUUUGUUUAGAGUUGAAUGAUUUGCACACUCCAAUUGAUCCUUCCAUGCUUAAGGGCUGCUCGCAUCUCCGACAGAGGAGCUUUCUGAGCUGGUUGAGCUGAUGUCGGGCCGCACAAUGGCCUCCUCCAUCAACGACCAACUGCCAAGCUUGACAUGGGAUGACAAGUUGACAGCGUAUGGCUUGAAGACUGGCCAGCUGAGAUGUUUAUCAUCAUAGUUUAUCCAUAAUGUUCUUAUUUCAAAAAAAAAAAAAAAAAAAAAA